AUGAAUGAGCCGUCCUUACGAGGAGAUUCUGUGAAACAGUUAUCAUCAAAAGAUGCCAAAGCUUUUGGGUAUAAACUUGAAGAUACGUUGGCCAUUUAUAUAUCUUAUUUGAAAGUCUGUCUUGAAAAUGGGAAUUUCAAUCCUGUUCUACCAUUCUCUUGGAGUGACUGGUAUCAGCUUAAUUAUAACUAUGAGCUUGGUGAUAUUCAAGAUGUUACAAACAAUUUCAACUUUGAGGUUGCGGAAUCUCAAGAAAUUAAAGCUAAAAGGGGCUUGGAGUAUAUUCAGUUCUUGAAUUAUAGCAUUGAAAGAUUGAUUUUCAUGGACUCUGAGUCUACAAGAAAUUUCGUGGUUAGAGUUGAUAAUGAUUCGAGUGGAAAGAGCUCCGUGCGUGACUCAGUCUCUGGUCUACUGGUGUAUUUACAGUCCAAGGGAAUAUACUCAACACCUAUCAACUACCAAAGUGAUCUUCGACUGAUUUCAAGAAUUCAGCAAAAUAAUGAAAGAUUUUUAGAGUUACCAAAGUUUGAAACGCGGUCGAAUAUGGAUUAUGAUAGCUUUGACGGUGACGAAAUGUUCAUCAACUUGCAUGAAUUUGAUUUUGAUUUCAACCUAACCCAAAGAACUGAAGAGCUCAGAAAUUUUGUAUCAGAUCGAAAUUCUAAUGAACUGGUGAAGCUUUACUACAAUAACAUUCAUUUUGUGGAAAUGCUGGCUGAGACUGGUAAUUUUGAAAAAUUCUUUCAUGAGGUUGAGCUCACUGAAGAUCCAUCACUUGCUGGUUCUCAUUAUGACUGGAGGUUCUUCAAACACGUCUUGCAAGAAAAGCAAAAAUAUUUUGUGCUACAUCAUUUGAUUAGAACAUGGCAAGAGUUUGCAAAUAAAGAAAAGCUAAUAUAUUGGUUGUCGCAUGGAAAUUUGCUUAGCUGGAGAUGGAGCGGAUCCUCUUUUAUAUGGGAUCAUGAUUGUGAUAUUCAGCUUCCCAUAAAGCACUUGGAAUUCCUUGCAAUAAACUUUAAUGGCUCGUUGAUAAUUGAAGAUCCGAAGUAUGGUUUCAAUAGAUAUUUGAUUGAAGUGAAUCCUUACUUUGCAGAUAGAUUAAAUGUUGAUGGAAAGAACUCAAUUGAUGGUAGAAUCAUUGAUCUAGCCUCCGGACUUUAUAUUGAUUUGACUGGUAUGUCAACAAUUGAUGAUGAUACGGGUAUUAUAUCUGACAAACAUAUCCAUAGAUAUUCCCUACAAUCAUUAUCACCACUCAGAGCAACUUUAUAUGAAGGGAAACAAACAUGGGUGCCCCAUGAUGUUGACUAUAUCCUUACUCAAGAAUACCCAACUGGCUUGUUUGAUACACAAUAUCAUGAUUAUCAAUAUCUUCCAAAUUUCAAAGGGUGGUUUAAGAAUCCAGAUGAUUGCCUCGAGAAGAGUUUGUUAAGUGUUCGAGCAUUUCAUAUUCCUUCUGUUGAUUCUCGAGAUCAUUGUAUUGACUUUACAUUUGCUCAGUUAAAUCAUUUGAUGAAGUUCUGGAAUCUCAAAGCUAUCGAGGAAGAACUAUUGUGCUUCAACAAAAUUCAUUGCAAGCUUCCAUUAGAUCAAGAGGGACUCAACUCCAUUGAAAACAGUACUUAUAUUGAGGCUAGUUCCAAUAUCCAAAAAUGGGAUCUAGAUGAUUUCGCAGCAGAGGGGCUUCGAAAACUUGUGAACUCUUUCACUCUUGGACCAAUACCAAGUACAGAUAUGACUGUGAACUGUUUUCAAUGA